AUGGUGUCAGAAUAUCUCAAAGAAACAAAGGAAGACAAGGCAGUCUAUGCAACUGCUAAUGGGAUACCUUAUACUCAGCAUCCCCUCGGAGCACAAACAGCUGGCCCGGGGGGGCCACUUUUACUUCAAGAUUUGAAUCUUAUGGAGGACUUAUCUCAUUUUGUUAGAGAAAGAAUUCCUGAAAGGGUUGUCCAUGCCAAAGGGGGUGGUGCACAUGGUUAUUUUGAAUUAACAGAUUCUUUGUCGGACUUAACUUACGCCCUUCCAUUUCAAACAGUCGGGUAUAAGUGUCCUGUUACUGUUCGUUUCUCAACUGUUGCUGGAGAUAAAGGUACGGCUGAUACAUUACGUGAUUCCAGAGGUUUUGCUAUAAAGUUUAGAACAGAGAUUGGUGAUAUGGACUGGGUGAUGAUUGAUAGUCCUGUUUUUUGGAUUAGAGAUCCUUUAAAAUUUAGUAAAGUAAAUCAUUCCCAGAAAAGAGAUCCUGUAACUAAUCUUAACCAGUCCAGUGAUUCAUAUCUUCACUGGGAUUAUUUGACAUCAAAUCCGGAAACUAUACACCAGUUCACAUAUCAGUAUGGAAAGAGAGGUAUCCCUAAGAGUUGGGCCGAAAUGCAUGGUUAUUCAUCUCAUACUUUCAAGUUAGUCAAUUCUCAGGGUGAUAUUACGUACAUACAGAUGCAUGUUAAAUCAGUUGAUGGCUUUCAAGGAUUUUAUGAUGCUGAAGGGAAAAAAACUGAAGCGGCUAACCCUGAUUAUCACACAAAGGAUUUGUACGAACGCAUUGCAGCAGGAAAAUAUCCAAAGUAUACUGUUUAUAUUCAAACGAUGACACCAAAACAAGCAGAAGAUUUCCGUUUUUCUAUAUAUGAUAUGACUAAGAUUUGGCCUUAUGAAGAAUUCCCAUUAAGAAAGGUAGGUCAGGUGGUAUUAAAUAAGAAUCCAGAAAAUUACCAUGCAGAAGUUGAGCAAGCUGCAUUCUCUCCUUCUAGUUUGGUACCAGGGUUUGAACCAUCUAAUGAUCCGGUUUUGCAAGCAAGAUUGCAUUUCUACAACGAUACCCAACGUUACAGGCUUGGCGUUAAUUACCAGCAAUUGCCAGUGAACAGACCAAGAACUUUUGAAAAGCACUCAGGUUGUCCAUUCUUGGCUGGAAAUUUCCAAAGAGACGGAGCCGCAGCUUUUUAUAACCAAGAAGGUAGGCCUAAUUUUUUAAGUACAACAUCACCGAUCAAUGCAGUUUCAAACGACCCAACAAAAUAUAAAGAUGGUUUGCCUGAGUUUGUUGAGAAGAAAUACUUAGGAGUUGUCACGGAAACAGAAGUUGACAAAUAUCAAAUAUUACAUAAAGAACGUGCUAAGAGAACUCAUGAAGAAAACCUCUGGCUUAAAUCUUUUCAUUAUAUUUCUGGGUUCAGUGAAAUUGAUCUAGAGCAACCUCGGAUUUUGUAUGAAAAAGUCUAUAAUGAUAAUGAUAGAGCAGAUUUAGUCGAAGCAGUCGUUAGCCAAGCGUCUAACAUAGGUAUGCCAAAGAUUAAAGAAAGAGUGCCUCUGUAUUGCGGAUUACUAAGUAAGGACUUUGGAGGGAAAGUAGCAAAGGGAUUGGGUGUAAAAUAUAACUUCCUUACAGUCCAAGAAUAUGUAAGCCUGAUUGGAGAGGCACCACCAAGUUAA